GAGUAAUAUAUUUUUUUAAAUAUUUUUUUUUGUUCCUUGCAAAACCGAAUGCAAAGGUGCCAAAGUGUUUGUUUAAAUGUGCCAUGUGCUAACUAAUCAAGUGAUUUUCUAAUCGCUGCAAUUUCCAACUCCUGCGACCUUGAAUGGUAGUCAAAACAACACAACAUCGCUGCACAUGUUUAAAUCUAAAUGUUAAAGAAAAAAGGGAAAAAUUUGAUCGGCUAUCGACAAGAUUCAGUGCCAGAAAGCAGCUGAGUUUUUCGCGAAACUAAGAUGAAGGUUACUGAUUUCUCUCGAGCACAUUCCGUAAGUCACGUCGCCCCGUGCAAAGGAUGAGGCUUUCAAAAGGAUAUAGGACAUUAUCACCAGCAUCGAACGCUGCCCAGACAUUGCCACUCUCCUACAAAUCACAAACCAGUCUGAGCCUCCUUCGGCUGCUCGCAAUUGUCUUGGUGCUUGGACCGCAAGUUCAUGUUCUAUGCUCAGCAUCCGUCGAACCAAAAACCCCCUCGACAAGUACACAACCCAGAAUCGGCGAGAAUCGUACUUUACUUUUUGAUGACUAUAAUAAAAAUAAGACGAUAUUAUCAACUGCUGACUACCAGUCAGCCACAAGAGCCACCCUUUACGCAUAUUCAUCGCAGGACCAGGACCAGGAUCAGUACCAGUCCCAAAUGCCAAGCGCCAUUCCCACAAAAAUGAGCAGGGAUAAAGCAAUCAUUGGGGGGACACCGGGCAGCGGUGUGGAGAUUAGCGAUAGCCAUCCAAUCAAAAAUGUUGGUACAACUGAUCAGCUAACGACAGUUACGAUGCCGACAACAGCGUUUGAGUCCCUGAAAACCGAUAAGAGUACGAUAAAACAGCCAAUCGAUUCCACCCGCACGAGAAAUCAUUGGACAGCGAGUGGAUUCGCCCGUGUCACAGAACGACCACGAAGUAAGCACCACCAUGAGCACCACUGGGGACCCUUUUUUGAGGAGCCCAUAAACUCGCCAACUUCGGGAGACAAUCUCGUGUCCGCCGUGCAUUUGUUCACGGAGGCUGUGCUCAACUGUCGUGUCGGUAUGCUCAAGGACAAAACCGUCAUGUGGGUCAGGCGAACGGCCGAAAAGGUAUCACUCCUGACUGUUGGCAACGUGACCUACAGUGGAGACCCGAGGAUUCGGGUGAAGUUCCAGUACCCGAACAACUGGCGAUUACUUAUCAACCCAACGCAGACUGAAGAUGCCGGAGUUUACAUGUGCCAGGUUUCCACCCAUCCACCCCGGGUAUUCACCACAAACCUCACCAUCUUGGAACCGCCUCUAAGGAUAAUUGAUGAGCACGAGCGGGAUGUCGGGGAUCGUUAUUAUAAGUCAGGCAGCACCGUCGAUCUGCAAUGCCAAAUAUCUCGUAGCUUUUUCCAAAAGGAACGUCAAGCCAUUCUUAAAUCAUCAACGGAUUCUGCAAAUGAUGCUGUACAAAAACUGUUUAAUGAGACAAAUAGUGAGCUUAAUUUAAUCAACGGCAACUCAAGUCAGUUGCCGCCGCAUAAAUUCUCUGGCCAGGAUCUGGAAAAGUACUUUACCAAGUUUAUAACCUGGGCAAAAGAUGAAGAGCCACUCCAAGGGAUGACCAAUAAACGCUUAAGUGUUUCCGACGUAUGGCUAACCAGUCGUAUCUCCAUUGGGGAUGCCAAACUCUCCGAUAGUGGAAACUAUUCCUGUUCUCUUGGCCGACUCUUCACCGUAAUUGUCCAAGUUCAAGUGCUCACAGGGGAACUACCCGCAGCUGUCCAGCACAAUAUAGCAUCAAGGCCCCAAAUCUGCUCCCUGGCACUAUUGGGACUUCUCAUCAAACUCAUUUUCCUCUUCACUUGCCUAAAAACUGAUGAAAGUCGAAUAUUCUGAGGCAUAUUAAUCUGACGAUUUUCACAAACAAUUAACCAAUAUAAUAUUAAGGAUAAAGAAAAAGAAAUUGGCUGGUUCUAAACAGAAGGUUUUAGUUUUAAUGUUUAGAAUCAGAAUGGUGAUUUCAUUACAUAUUUGUGUUAUAGUGCCUACGGUGUAAUAAGACUUCAGGUUUUGGUUUUGACAAAUAUUCUUAAAAUUUUGUUAAAAUUGAAAUUCGGUAAUUGGAAUUAAUUAGGCAACAAGUACGGAAACAAUAACAUUCCAAAUUCUAAUGAAAAAACCGAUUUAAAACGGUUUAAAAAAAUUCAAAUGUCAAACUUUUGUUCUAGUUAAUUUAGUAAUCUCUUAAAGAGUUAAGGAACUGGCAAGGAAAUGUUUAAUUUACCUUUCUGCGACGACUUAAAGCUGAUGAAAAUUAGUAUAUUUAUGAUUAUUUUAUUCCUUCAACCACUUUUGCAGGCAAAUCAAAUGUAUCAUACGCUAUUUUUUGUGUUUUGUACCACUAGUUCACAGGAUAACAAGUUUUUUCAAGAAAACAACAACGAUCUGAUUAAAACCUUAUGCGGUAUAC